AUGACUGAGAAGAGUGAUAUAUGUCUGCUGGGACUGAUCCUUCUCUCUUCACUAUUCACAGGUGUGAGUGGAGCAGAAGACACUCAUGUGUUCAUCAGUUCUGGUGAAAGUGUGUCUCUGUCCUGUAAUGAUGCUCUUCAUCAAUGCUCCUCAACUACAUGGAUCUAUAAUAAUUAUACAAGAUCAUCUGCAGUAGAAGUGUUUACUGGAGGAAUAAAUAAGAAUAACACAGAGAGAUAUGAGAGACUGAGUCUGACAUCUGACUGCUCUCUCAACAUCUAUAAAACAACACAACAUGAUGGUGGACUUUACACAUGCAGACAAUAUGUGAAUGGACAUCAUCAUGGAGCUGAUUCAUAUGUUUAUCUACAUGUUCUUCAUGUGUCUUCAUCAUCAUCAUCAUCACAGACUGAGAUACGAGCAAACACAUCUGUCACUCUCUCCUGUCAGCUGUUUACAUAUGACUGUGAAUAUUUGUUCAGUUAUGAUGGAUUUCAGCUGGUGUGGAUGAAUCAGACUGAUGUUGAUCUACAGACAGACUCCAGAUAUCAGAUUAGAUCAGAUAAACUCUGUCUCAUCUCUCUGACUACAACACUCGUGAAUGAAGACGACAACACAGAGUUGAGAUGUGUGCUCAAACACAAGAAUGACAUCAAGACCUCAGUCACAUAUACUGUCAGAUUUACAGUGACCAACUCUCAUACAGUGACUAUUGCUGUGAUCACUCCAUUACUUCUUCUACUUACUGUUGCUGUUCUUUGUGUGAUUUAUAUCAAAAGAUCAGGUGAGUAUGCUGAUUUCAAGAGGCCAUCGGAAUACAGUUUCUGA